AUGAGGACCUUGAAGAAGCUAACUUCUAUGCUGAGCCAACACCACACAGAGUGGGCGAACGCUGACCCCACAGGGACGAUGAGCCCUGAGAAACUAACGGCACUUGUCACAUCGGCUACUGUAAUGCAACCUGAGGGGGUCGACCUCAGUAGCCUGAAUCGUGUACUUGAGAACUGGAAGCAACAAAUCUCCCAAGGCCCCGUCGUCAGCAUGAUUCCUGGCGUGCCAACGCCUCCUCAAUUCUUGCAGCCGGCUUCGCCCUUGGCUACGUACGGGAUGCCAACCGCAACUGGACAGCCAGGCCUUGCUUCUGCAAUGGCAAACUUUGCCCAAUUCCCUCCCGCCCAGUACGCGCUGCCGCCAGUCCCCUUCUUCCAGAUAGCACCGCAGCCUGGUUACCAGUUGGCGUCUGCUGCGGUAGCCCCUGGGCCACGGGAGAACGGCACAGGCCCUAGCCAGGUCGCGUUAUCUCAGACGAUCCGCGAUGGACUGAAGGUGUUAGGCGGAGACGGCGCAAACAUGCAGGCGAAGAAGAUGCGCUCGCCUAAGCAUCUCAAAGCUGACGCCACCCCUGGCGAAGCUACCAAGAAGAUUGCGGAACUUUCAGCUGAUCAUUCGGUGUGUGAUGCUGGGCGAGAUGAAUUAUCCCGACGGUGUUCGGAUAUGAAGACUAAGAAGAGGGCUCGUUGCCAGCAGGAGUUGGGGGCCGACGCCGCUCCUGCAUCGCCACCGCAACGUGAUCGAAACCGUCCCGCCGGCUCUGGAUCGAAGGAAGGGUCACAACCUUCGAGCUGCUGUAUUCUUCUCACGCACUGCCCUCUAUACCUUUAUCGAGACAGAAGGCAUUCUUCCACUGCGGGCCUUUUGAACCUUGACGAGCAUAAGUAUAUGCUGGCGGGCGACCCCUCCGCUUCCUCGCACGCGGAGGCAUUCUCGUUUCCGUUCCUUGACAAAAUUCAAGCCCAGCUCCGUCAGCUGCAUCAGCCAGUCCAGCGAUGCCGAAAUGGACACGGUGACGCUGUAGGGGCCCAGACACGUGGCAUGGCGGCUGCGAGUGAAGCCGCACGAAGAAACGCUUUGGCGCUGGCUGAGGACCGGCGGCUCCUUCUGGAGGCUUCCAUGCGUUCUGACGUCGUCCACCAGUGCUUGCUGAAUAUUCUCGAUUCCAUCGUCGUCUCUCAACUUCGUACGGGCGUACCACAUUUCGCGAGUGGUGCGGACGCCCGUGAGACCGCAAAGGUGUGGAAGAGGCAGGCAGGCGCGAAAGAGUCACCAACUCCGGCGCAUUCGAGUGGCGUUCAUCUAGACAUCCUUUUGCACACUUUGGACGGCAAGCUGUUGCGUGUUUCCCCCUCUUUUCGCGUCCCCCGUAACUUCAAAGUAUUCAAGAAGGUUGCGUCAAUGGCGCUCUCGUCGCCCACUGGAAAACUAUGCGCGACGCCCACAGCACGAACAGAGAAAUGCCGCCGUCACGGUUGGGGAUCUGCUGAGAAGGACAGAGCACAGGCAGAUGACGAAGACUCAGCCGAGGAAGAUCGACAGGCGGGGAGCCUCCCAGAGGAGGAAGAAACCCUCAUCGAAGUGCUACAGCCCCCUUUCUGGCGGCAUCUGCCAGAACAGUUCAGCAUCUUAACAGGGGGAUACGAAUUCGACUCCAAGACGUGCUUUUACUUGGGCGACUCCUUAUGCCUCUUGGAUAUAGAACUUGAAUUUUGGCAACUAGAGGCUUCCUAUUGUGCAGAGCCCGCGGAGAUGGUGCUGUGUUAUGGUCUCGGAUAUAAGGCCUAG